AUGGGCAAAGCAGCCAUAGAUAGCCACGUUGGAACCCCAAAACACAAAAAUUUCGCAAGAUUGAUAGAACAAAAUAAAAGAAUUGAUUUUUCUAAAGUAAAUGAUAGUAAAUCAGAUACAAGUCUAGUCAGUAUUGUGAUCGAUGAUGAACCCAGCAACAAUCUAAGUGCAAUCCAUAGUAAUCCAGUCAUAGAAGAAAUUUCUGAUAACAUAUCCAGUGAUGAAAAAAAUAUAAAUAAAAGACCAGCAAAUAAUUUCUUUAUAAGAAGAAAAACGAUAGAAGCGGAAAUAUUAUGGUGCCUUCAUGUAAUAGAAAACCAUUUUUCCAUGAAUAGUGUAAACAAAAGUAUUUCUGUCUUAAAGAAAAUGUUUGAAGAUUCAACCACAGCUCAAAACAUUCAACUGGGUUCGACAAAGCUAUCCUAUUCCUGUGUUUUUGGAUUAGCACCGUAUUUUCAAGAACAUUUGCAUGAAAAUAUUAAAAAAACCACGCCCUUCGUAUUAUGUUUCGAUGAAUCCCUAAAUAAGGUUUCUCAAAAGGGGCAAAUGGAUUUGGUAAUUAGAUUUUAUAACCCAUCUAAAAAAGAAGUUGAGUCUAGAUAUUUGACUUCCGUGUUCAUUGAAGGUAGGGCAACCUCUGAAAAUAUUUUGCAUCAUUUUCUCAAAGGUAGCUCAAAACUUAAUAUGGAAAAUUUAAUUCAAGUAUCAAUGGAUGGACCAAAUGUCAAUAUAAAAUUUUUAAGAUUAUUAAAAGAAUACUUAAACGAAGAUAAUAAAUUAAUAGAUCUUGGCACCUGCGGUUUGCAUGUUGUACAUGGGUCAAUACAAACAGGUCAUAAAGCGGCUGGGUGGAAUUUACAUUCAUUUUUAUACGGAAUAUACUGGCUUUUUAAGGAUUCUCCUUCGCGAAGGUCUGAUUUUACAGGCAUUACAAAUUCCAAUGUUUUUCCACUAAAAUUUUGUCAUACCAGGUGGGUUGAAGGAUCUAAAGCAGCAAAUCGAGCUUUAAUGAUUUAUAAAGAUUUAAAAAAGUAUGUAGAAAACCCUUCGAUUAUCUUUCCUCACACUACGUCCUCGAAAAAUGUAAAAAAUGGUCUUAAAGACCCACUGUUGCCAACUAAAAUUGCUUUUUUUUCUACAAUAUGCUCAGAUAUGGAACCGUUUUUAACAAAAUUUCAAAGCAAUGAGCCUCUGGCACCUUUUCUUUUUAAUGAGCUUUACAUAUUAUUGAACUGUUUGCUACAAAAAUUUAUUAAAAAAACGACUAUUCCUAAAGAUUCAUCGGACCUUUAUAAAAUUAAUUUUAAAAGUAAAGAUAUUUUUUUAGCAUACGACAAAAUUAAUAUUGGAUUCAGAGCUAGUAAAUUGUUGAACGAAGUGAAGGUUCCCGAAAAGGAAAAAUUGCUUUUUCUUCAGGAAUGCCAAAAGUUCCUAAUUUCAACGGUUUCUAAAAUACUUGAACGGUGUGGACUUAAUCAUAGAAUGGUUAAGGGAUUAUCUUGCUUGGAUCCCAAUAUUAUUUCAUCAAGUAAAACAAUCGCCGAAAAAAGGAUGCAAACUUGUUUGGAAAUUUUAAAUGAUAAAAACAUAAUCAGUGGUGAAAUUGCGGAAAACGCCAAGAAACAAUUUAACGCAAUGAUAAGUUUAAAGGAGGAUCUUUUCAAAUCCUACAAAAAGCAAAGGCUAGACCAUUUUUAUGAAGACCUGUGCCGAGAAAAUUAUGCAGAUCUUUUAAAAGUUAUAAGAAUUUUAUUAAUAUUUUCUAAUGGAAAUGCUGCAGUCGAAUCGGGUUUUUCGUUUAACAAGCAAAUGCUAAUCGAAAAUUUAAAAGAUAAUUCACUAAUUGCCCAAAGAACUAUUUAUGAUAAUAUUGUCCUUUGUGGUGGUGCUGAAAACAUCAUUGUAACAGACAAUAUGAUCAAACUCUAUAAACAGGCAAAUCAAAAAUAUAAAGAGUAUUUGGAGAAAGAGAGGACUGAGGAAAGGGAGAAAAAUGCUAGACAGGGUGAAAAGAGAAAGAUAGAAAUGGAAAUAAAGGAGUUGGAACUUAAAAAACUUAAAUUGGAUCUAUUGAAAAAAACGGAAUUGGAGUCAAUUGAAACAAGAAUCAAACUUUUGAAAAAAAAUUUAUAA